AUGGUUAGGAAGACCUCCCGAGUCUGGAGUUCUGGAGGAAUCAUGGUACAGAGACAGCAAAGUGCUAAUAAGUCCUCAAGGACCCACAUGGACUUCGCUGAGGCUGCUACUGACCCCCCUAAGACACCUGACAGCGAACCUCUGUUUACAAAACUGCGCAAUCCAAGCACAGGGGAAGCAACCCUUUACUUAUUCAAUAGUGGUGCACAGCAGCUGUUUGAAGUAAAAGCUUUUCAUGAGGAAUAUCGUUCGUGGUUUAUAGGUCAGACUGUUCAACAAGAUGGGCGCCUGCUGUUUGUUACACCAAUGGACCCCUUAUUUCUGAUACUUUACUACCUCAUAAAGGCAGACAAGGAGCAGCAAGGGAAGUUCCAGCCACUCGAUCAAGUUGUGCUAGACUCAGAGUACCCUAGCUGCCCGUUGCUGCUGAAGUGUGCAGACGUUAAACAGUACAUACAUCAUGUAACAGAAGAAAAAGAGAUUGGCAAUCAGAAAUUCCACAGAUACAGCCAAGAGAAGACACUGAAGUGGUUAAAGAAAAAGGUCAAUCAAACAGUGAAAGCACUUAAAAGCAACAAUAUAUGUGUAGGUGAAAGGGUAUAUGCAGCUACAUUUAUCAACAUUACACAGAUCACAGAUACUAAAGAAGACUAUUUACGGUAUGCCCAUGGGUUAAUAUCAGAAUAUAUUCCUGAAGAUCUGAGUAAGGAGUUGUUAAAAUACUUAGGGCUCCCAGAACUUAAAAGCCCAGCACCAGAGCCACCAUUGAAGAAAAGGAAAUUAUCAGAUGUCCCUGCGGAAGCAGAAGAAGACUGUACUAAGUUUAACAGCAGCAAUCUGAAAACCAAAAAGGCAAACAGCAAGAUGUCAGCAGCACAGAAGGCUCUGGCCAAAGUUGAUAAAAGUGGAAUGAAAUCCAUUUCUACUUUCUUCAGCUCCAAACCUAAAGCAUCAAAAUAA